GUACUUAAAUGUGUCAACUUCGGAGAGCGGCUGUGCUAGGUUCUUGCGAAGUUGCCAGUGGCGGCGGCGGCGGCAACGGCAGCAGGAGCCAGAAAGGGAUUUCAGUGGCAGCAGGGGAGCGAUGGAAGCCGUAUAGCAUCAGGAUACCCUUCUUCUUUCUGCAAAAGUUGGAUCAUUCCACAAACUGGAUAUAAUUAACCAAAAGGAGUUUGAGUUUUGGAAAUUCUCUAACCUCUAAUAUAUAUAUAUAUCCAAAGGCAGCAUGCUGUGAUGGGGAUCUUGUGAGUUUAGUUUGCCUGCCAUGCACCCCACAGGGAGUGUAGAUACCAGUUUUUCCCGUACGGCUGUGCAAACACUGUCCCGUAGCCACUGCCGGAACAUAAAGCAAAAGAUUUCUCAGUGGGAAGGUCGGACAAAAGGAGUCUGCCAAGAAGAAAGGCAGAAACUAAAGGAUUUUGGGGUUAGAUAUGGCCUCGACAGCAGGGAAAAGCCAUCAGCUCCUGCACCUGACAAGAGUAUAGAAGCAAAUGUUCAGCGUUUAGGUUUAGAUUUCUGGGAAAACUCUAAUCUUGGCUCUGUGACGGAGGAGGAAGAGGAGGAGGACGACCACCACUUCCAAGAGAUUUCCAGAAACCAUUCAGUGGAGCAACUUUCUAAUGACACUUUAUCCGAAGCAGCAGAUGCUACAGAAUGGCCACGGGAGAGACUGCCCCCUGGCAAUUUCUACACCUCACGGGGCCUAUGGAAACAGAUGGAAACUCUUCCUUUUGAUGAAGAAGCUUCUGUUGCACUGGACUUAAAAAGGAAACGGGAAAGCUGUGGUUCGACAGAGAAGGAGCUGAAUGUAGCUCCAGCAAAGAGCCUGGAGACAAUAUAUUGUGAUGUAGAAGGUCAGGAAAGGCAGCCGGCCAUCAACCCAGUGCCCAAACCGCAGAGGACUUUCCGUUACCAUUCUGAGAAGGACCAGGCAAACUUUGGUAAUGGAUACCACAGCAAUAAGAAGCCACUGGAACAGCUGUGUAAUGGGAGCUAUACUGCAACUGCCUCCUGUGAAUCUGACUGCAGAACAGGCAGCAGAGGAAUCCGAGGCAGAUCUAAGAGAAAGUCCUUUGAAUUUGAGGACAUCCAAAGUUAUCGAAACAGACUAGCAGCCAUCGAAUACCAAAAGCUUCAUGAAGAGCUAAAUGGCACCACACGCGUCUGUCUCUAUUGCACGCAGUCAGAGGACAACCUCUAUGAAGAUAUUACUGAUCCUGCAAAAGAGAAUCCCUAUGAGGACAUUAAAGUGAAGCCUUUGUGGAGGAUCCCAUCUAAUUGGAAACUGCCUCCUCCCCGAAAUACCUUCAAGCCACCCAAGCUUCUCCACAAGCCGCACUUCUUUCACCGUAAAACCUUGGAGCUAAAAAACACACGGAUCUGUUUGCGUGGGAAGUUGCCAAAAGAUUCAACGCUACCUGUUACGUUGACCGAAUGGAAGUUCUUCAAAGCAGGAGAUGCUGGAAGCAGGAAGAGAAAAAAUCUUCCCCGGCUUGUAUUAAAGAUACAAGAGAUCUUUGAUUCCAGACGAGGAAAGAAACGUGUGAAGUUGGUCGUACAAACUGGAAAAGAACUUUCUCCAGCCAGAGGUGAAACCAGUGGAUAUGAGAGUGAACCAGAGAAUCUGCCGAAAAGUCGCCAUAAGCGCCUUCUGCAGGUCCAGGCUCAGUCCAAACGGAACCCACAUUACCAGACAUUGGAGCGAGAUCUCAUUGAGUUCCAGGAGCAGCAGCUCUUUGAGCUGUUCGUUGUGGUAUCUCUGCAGAAGAAACCAUCAGAGGCAACAUAUACCCCACAGGUUAUACAACAGUUUCCAUGUAAGUCUGACCAUCCUUUUCGUCAAUCUAAGGAUACUGAAGACAGACUAAAGGUCAUUCCCAAAUUUUGUUUCCCAGAUCCCAAAGAUUGGUGUCCAACCUCAGAAACAAAGAGUGAAACCUUUUCCUUUGUGCUAACUGGUGAGGAUGGCAGCCGCUGGUUUGGAUAUUGCAAAAGGCUCUUGCCAGAAGGAAAAGGAAAGCGGCUACCUGAGGUCUAUUGCAUGGUUAGCCGUCUAGGUUGCUUCAACCUUUUUUCUAAGAUAUUAGAUGAAGUGGAGAAGAGGCGUGAGAUGUCCCCUGCCCUAGUUCACCCAUUCAUGCGCAGUGUUAUGGAAGCACCAUUCCCUGCUCCUGGGCGUACCAUCACUGUGAAGAGCUUCCUGCCCGGAGCUGGCAAUGAGGUGAUUGAGCUUUGCCGUCCACUGGAUUCCCGAUUAGAACACGUAGAUUUUGAAUGUCUCUUAAAGUGCCUCAGUGUCUCUAAUUUGAUCCAAGUUUGUGCUUCUCUUCUGCUAGAAAGAAGGGUGAUUUUUGUUGCUGACAAUUUAAGUACCUUGUCCAAAUGUGGCCAUGCUGUGGUUGCAACCCUCUACCCAUUUACCUGGCAACACACUUACAUCCCUGUCCUGCCAGCCUCCAUGAUAGAUAUUGUUUGUUCACCUACUCCUUUCCUCAUUGGCAUCCUCUCCUGCUCCUUAACACAUCUCCAGGACCUGCCUAUAGAAGAGGUGCUGAUCGUUGAUCUGUGUGCCGAUAAAUUUCUGCAAAAGGUUUCAGAUGAGGAUGAAAUUCUACCUCACAAGCUUCAGGCUGCACUUGUACAGAUCUUAGAAGAAAGGCAUGAAAUCUUGUCUCAGGAACGCUGCUACACACAAGCUGAUGUGACAUUGGACUCUCUAGUAUCAGAGGCUUUUGUGCGCUUUUUUGUGGAAAUCGUGGGACACUAUUCUUUGCACAUGCAUGUCACUGAGAAAGGAGAGAGAGUAUUCCAGCGGGAGCCCUUCCGGAAGUCCCAUACAUCCCGCAGUGUGCGCCAUUUCCUAGAUAUUUUCAUGGAGACACAAAUGUUUGCUGGUUUCAUCCAGGACCGAGAGCUACGGAAGAGUGGGGUAAAAGGCUUGUUUGAAGUUCGUGCCUUGGAAUACUUGGAGACCAUUCCAGAGACUGAGCCAAGUGGAAUGAACAAAAUCCUUCGCAGUCUGGGUAAUAAAAUGAAGUUUCUACAAAAGAAGUGAAAAGCCAAAUGCAGAAUCACUAAGCUUUAUUUUACAAUCCUGGCAAGCCAUAAUGAGAUGGCUGUGUCGUUGUGGUAUUCUGUUAGAUUCUUCAGGUCCCACGUGAAGAACUUCAGAUGACCGGAAAAAUGAGCACCAAAUAUGAACAGCAUGCUCGGUCUCUGUUCUGCUUGGUCCGGUUGGAGUUUUACUGAGCAAAAAAUGAACUUCUGUUUACAGAGAUGAUUUAUAAAGCAGAAAUGACAGCAGAAACUAUAUCCUUAUUUAUACUGCAUGGCCGGAAAAGAUUCUCCCUUUUUCCUCAUGUUAUUAAAAAUAUGCUCAAAGCAAUCCAAUGCCUCAGCUCAAAGCAAUCUGAAGGAUUCAGCUGGUACCUUUUAAAAAGAGGAAGAAACCAGGAAAGAACCAGGAAUCCAGCAAAGUGACUAUGCCAAUAUUUCCUUGAAUAGAUUCUUUGCACAAGAAAGCCUUUCCUAAAGCUGGUUGGAGGUUAUAAUCUCUCCUUGACUCUAACACCAUCGCAUCAGAUAUUCUAUUGGCUUGAUCAUUCAUGUUAACUAUUGUUUGGACAUAUUACUGCACUAUAAAGCUUUUUUUCUCAUUUUUGAAAGCAAAACAAAGAAGACUGUUUGCUAUGUUAGUCUUAAUUGUUGUGAAUGUGCACACUGUCUAAUUACAAGUCCAUCUCAUAUAUGACAGAGGAAAUACCUCAUGCUAAAGUAUUGUUUACUUGUCAGGAGAAGACUGUUUUCCCAAAUGGAGUAUGAAUAUUUUUCAAAGUCAAGAUGUUCACAUUGAAAUAGACUAAUUUGCUGCCGAACUGAUGUAAAGGGACAGACAAUAACUUUCAUGCAGUCUAUUUUGCAGUAAAAACUGGAAUAACAAAUUAUUCUUCCCUUGAAGCAUCAUUCUACUCUUUUCCCAUAGCUGAAUAUCAUCAACAAUAUGCUUCUUCAUCUAACGUUAAAUCUGUCAACUGCUUUCAAUAAAUACUGAAUUUUCUUAUUAGCUACUCCUGGAGAUGCCUAGCAUUUGAUAUAAUCUUUUUAGGAUUUAUUAUGUAAAUAUUGAAUUUACAUAGCCCAUUAAUCAAAUAUGACAGAAAGUCUAGGUUCACACAUUGACCUCAGCCAAAAUGCAGUUUGUGUUGGGUGAAACCAGUUACUGUGGCUUUAGGCCAUGGUUAUUGGCUUGUUGUAAUGAAUACUCAGCCAAAUAUCAUUUAUGUAAUAAAUCAUGGUUAAAUCUUAGUUUACUAUGAUAUUGACUUGCAGGUAUUUCAUGAGUCAUUCACCUCUGCAGAUCUCUUGCAUAAUAUAUAGCUAAUGGCUCCUGUCUAGUAAAAUGUUGCCUGUGAGCAAAAAUGUCCCAAGUGAAAGGGGAUUUUUCUUUGAAGUGCAUAAUGCUGAAGUACUGGGCUGUUUCUCUGCUGUGUGGUUAAAUUGACCUUUGGAUGAAACAAGUUUGUGGCUUGCCUCUUAUCCAAAAGAAAUGCUGCUUUUAAUGAGGAACAGUUACUCUUUUGUUCCCUUGCAGCAUGUAAGGUAGAUCUAUCUAAGAAGAAGGGAGUUCAGUAAAUAAUAUCAAAGAUAGUAAAUAAUAUCAAAGAUAGUACAUAAUAUCAAAGAAGAUAAUAUCAAAAAACUGGUGAAAUUUUAUCAUGAACUCAAGCUCUACUCAGAGAAUAUGAACAUUGUCCAUCUCUGAAACAGAGAGAACAGGCAGAAGUUUGACUUGCUGAUUCUCCAUGAGGAGUUAGACAAUUUAUUGAAAGCCCUAGGAAAUGUCCUUAUUUUCAUUUGGCCAGUCAACAGCCCACCCAAUGUAAGUAAAUUCAGAACAACAUUUUUCAUCUGGUGAGAUUGCAGGUUGAUACUCAUGUGGUUCAUACUGAGGGCUUUUCUGCAGUCUUCAGCUGCUUGUCUCCCAAAAUAAACAGCCUGAAAAUGAAGCCGUUUAAAAAAAUAUGUUUUUGGAUUUCAGUCUGUUUCUUUAUUAUGGUCAUAGUGAUGAUCAGGUAUUCUACUUGGACUGUGAUUAACAUGACCUAUGAUUGAUAAUUCCUUUUCUGCUUUUACUUUCUGCCUGUGCCGUGAAAGUGAGUGCUAGUUGCUUUCCAUUCUAUUUUGAGGACUGGGAGCAAAAAAAAAAGCAGAAAGACUGCAGUUCUUCUUCCUAUCACUUGAUCUAAAAAGGAAAACUUGGCAGAACUUUUGUCAGUUUCACCCAGUUAAAACAAGAAAACCAAGAAAUGUCAAGCAUUUCACCAUCCUAUGGCUGAACAUGCAUCACCACAGUUCCUGUCUCUUGGAACUUCCCUUAGAAGGGAAACUGCUGAAUCUGUUAAAAUAAAAAGAGAAAAAUGUCCAGCAUUUACUAUUGCACUACAGGGCUGCUGUAUAAAAAGAUCAAGCUCCAUCCUGUCAUGGCAUAAAUGCCAAUAUAAAAUGGCCUCUAAGACACUAUAAGAGUGGAGGGGGGAGGCAUAUUUGCUACAGCAACUAGAACCAUAACUUGGGUAAGAUUAAAUGAAGUGCAAUUGGUGGACCAGACUGUCUUGCUUGUGCCAGAAGAGAGGGUGAAAUGCCACUUUUUACAUCAGAUGAUGAUUGCCUUCCCAGAAGUCUAGAGGUGAACUGAGGAUGAUGCUUUCCAUUCCUCCACAGACACACAGAAAAAAAUUUAUACACAGCCCAUCUUUGUACUGGACAGGGAAGAAAUGUGGAUCAGUCUCUGGAUGGGAUCAACCUUUCUCCUCCAUAGUAUCCUCUACAUAUGGUGGAAUUCAGAAUUCAAUCACUAUGAUCAAUCUUGCGGUCCUAUUUAUAUGGAAGGCAACAGUUGGAGGAAAUUAUACUGCAGUAUAUCAGGAGCACAAUAUACAUAUAACAGUGACACAAGCAAGUCCCAAACACAAAGAACAGAGUCUGAAUUUAGUUGCUUUGCUUUGAAGGUUUCAGAAUCUGGCUUCGGAAUAUGUAGCACCCUUCCCGUUUCUUGAAUAGUAGCAGUUAAGAAUUGCUUUUUGGAAUAUACUUCAGCACUUGAACUAUGCUCUUACAGUAUUCAGAAGAACAGGAAGACAACUUGGAGCCAUGCCCACUUUUGAGAAAUAAUUGGGUUAAUCUAGCCCCAAACAUGUUCGAGACUCUGGGUACUUCUCAGUAGUCAUCCUUCUUUGUCACAUAUGUUUGUUUGUUUGUUCUGCUCAUUCUUUAUAAAGCCUUAAUUUAUGCUGUAUAGAAGAAACCAAAACUGUAUGUACAAAGACGAAGCUAUAAGAAAUCAAAAUCUUUUGGGAAUAAAGUGUACUAUUUUUGUGUUUUGAUGAA